GCCUUCUCGUGUCCAGACCCUAGGAAAGGGACCCGCACGGGCACUGAAUGGUAGAUAAUACCUUUAGGCUCUUGUCAAAUUUCCUUUUCUUCUCUUUUUUUCCUCAUCUCAUCCCCACUCCUGCAACACCAUCACUAAACUCUCUUCUCUCAAAAAUAAACAAGAUGAACGGAGACGUGGGAAGGGACGCUGGGGGAGCAAACGGGACUGGGGGUUCGGGAGCGUCUGCCGGGACGCAAGAGGUGAGGCAGGCGGCGGUUGCCCGCUUGCAGGGAGCCACCAUGAGGCGGCAAGCGGUUGGUGACCUGGCGGCGGCAACUGCCCGCCUGAGCUUGGGGGACCCUGUUCUCACCAACGGACAACCCCGGGCCGCCUCGGCCUCGACCGGCAGCGCACCGGAGCUGCCACGGAUUCUCAUCACCAGCCCUGAUGGGACGUCAGUGUGGGCAACUGACGCUCUCGGAGGGGAUGGUCCCAGUGGCAGCAACGGAUCCUGAGCCUGAGUCAACGGCGGAGGCCCAGCCGUCCUAGAAGGGGCAAGCCAAAGCCAGACUCGUUGGACCCAUCAACCUGUCCAGCUCCAGUCCCAACUGCGAACCCAGCGCCGACAACGAUAGGUGGGCGGGGGAGGAGAGGGGAAGGGGUGGUGGGAGGUGGGCUGGGAGCAGCGCGGGCCCGCGGGGGCGAUAAUACCUGGGCGUUUGGAGGCGGCGACGGGGGGUUUGGUCGGUGGUUUUUUAUAAAAGAAUUUUAAAAAAAAAAUAAACAAGAAGCCCGUGUGGUUUCUUUUUGCUUCUUUGGACCUGAACAACUUCCCAUG